UUUUUCGUAACUCUGCAUUUUGGCAGUGGCAGCGAAAUAAACUAAUCCAAGAGUUAUUUUUUUUUCUAUUGAGGAACGAGAAGUGGAAUUUUUUUUUUCUCUCUUCCUUUUGAUUCCAACCGUUUCUCCCAGUGAGAAAGCAUAAAUCGUGGACACUCGAGAAUAAUAAGGUGGACCUCAGGAACCCCGAGAGAAAAAAAAGCCUGAGAAGAUUACGUUCUUCCUCGAGAGGGAAGGGUGGGGUGUGUUCAGCCCUGUCUGGAUCCUACAGGGAGAAACAAAAACAUGAGUUGCAUGCCAUGGAAAGGAGACAAGGCCAAAUCGGAAUCGUUGGAGCUGCCCCAGGCAGCACCCCCACAGAUCUACCAUGAGAAACAGCGCAGGGAGCUCUGUGCCCUCCAUGCCCUCAACAACGUCUUCCAGGACGCCAACGCCUUCACUCGGGAAGCCCUGCAAGAGAUUUUCCAGAGGUUGUCUCCUAACACCAUGGUGACACCUCACAAAAAGAGCAUGCUGGGAAAUGGAAACUAUGACGUGAAUGUCAUCAUGGCGGCACUUCAGACCAAAGGCUAUGAAGCUGUUUGGUGGGACAAGCGCAGGGACGUGGGUGUCAUUGCUCUCACUAACGUCAUGGGCUUCAUCAUGAAUCUACCCUCCAGCCUAUGCUGGGGUCCCUUGAAGUUGCCUCUCAAAAGGCAGCACUGGAUCUGCGUUCGAGAGGUAGGAGGUGCCUACUACAACCUCGACUCCAAACUCAAGACGCCUGAGUGGAUUGGAGGCGAGAGCGAGCUCAGGAAAUUUCUAAAACAUCACUUACGAGGAAAGAACUGUGAACUCCUGCUGGUGGUACCAGAAGAGGUGGAGGCCCAUCAGAGCUGGAGGGCUGAUGUGUGACAGUUCUGCCCACCCUUCCCCUCACCUCACCCCUGAAGCCUCUGUGAUGUGCUGUGGCCUGCACAGUGGGUCUGCCCUUGCCAUUUCCCCAAACAGCUCAGCGAGUUUCCCCUCUCAGAGUUGACAGUGCAAUAGUACAGACAUGUGGACUGUUUAGAACCACCAGCGUUUUUUUGUGCUGGGAAAGGAAGGCAGGAGCUCUGUGCUUAGGGCAAAGCAGCAAAGACCCUUGGUAUUA